AUGCCCGCCCGGCCGGUCCCCUCCGGGAAAGGAGACGCGAGGCCUAUAGGGCUCGGCUUAGGCCGCAAAACUAGGGACCCAACGGGACCUACACGCAGCGGCGGCUCCUGGGAACCUACGCCCUUGCCGGGCAAAGCUUCGGGACCCCCGGUGUCCCCGCCACGCUCCCGCCCCUCCCGUGUCCCGGUGCCUCACCCCCGCGGGAGGGGAAAACAAGCUGCCCUCCGCCCCGAACCCCAAGCCAGGAAGCGGCUGACGCGGCUCCGCACUUCACAUUUUGUUCCUUCAACUUCGGCUCAGGGACCCCGGCGGCUUCUCUCGCCCCCGGCCACUCGGCGCAGUCCGGUGCCGCCGAGGCCUGACCGGCACCUCCGGGCAGCCCCGCCGGGCCUCCGUCCCGCGCCCCCCCCCCGCCCCGGUCUCCCCUUCCGUCCCCUCCCUCCCCAGCCGAGGGCGGGAGCCGAGCCGCCGCCGCCGCCUUUACCUCCUCCUCAUGCGGGCGGAAGGUGCAUCGAGCGCCCGGGCCUCUGUCAGGUGGUUGCGCCGCCGCCCCUCUCCGGGCUGCACACAAAGCGGCUCCGCGGGUCCCGCCGCCGCCGCCGCCGCCCGCCCCGGAGCGGCGCUGGGGCUGGCGGUGCCGAGGAGGAGCAGUCGCCGCGGGGGGAGACGCGGGGCGAGUGGGAGCUGGGCGGGGAGACACUGCCGCUCUCCGUCUGGCAGAGGAAGAGCAGCCUCGGAGAAGGCUCCUCCGGGAGCGUGCGCGCGUGUGUCCGCCCCGGACCCCGGCUGCCCGCCCGCCAGCACCUCGCGCCGGCCGGGUCCGCCGACCCGGACCCGGACGCCCCUCGCAGCGGCGCGCGCGCGGCCGUCCGUGCUCCCGGCAGCCGGCGCCUCUCGCACACACCGACCGGUCACGCGAGCGGCGCGAGAGCACGCGAGAGCAGGGCGCGCGCCUCGCUCCCGCCCCUUCCUCCGCCGGCCUUGCCUCCGCCUCCCUCGGGCCUCAAGCGGCGGCGCGCGGAGCAAACAGCGCCGCCACCCGGUUGGCGCCAAGACCUGCCGCACCGAGCGCCUUCGGGAGGACCGGACCCAGAAGGCGAGCGGAGGAGGAGCCUGGCUGGCGGGAAGCGACCCGGCGCCCGCGGCCUUUUGGGGCCAAGUUGGAUGAACGAGGUUUUUUCACUGUUUGCCGCGGAGAUGAGUUCAUGA